AUGAAUUGUACUCGUUUCACAACAGCGCGAGCAGCCACGACGAAAGGUUUCCUGGCUGGAGCUUAUAGAGCCAAGCCACUACCGAGAACGACAGACCGGCGGAGCUAUGCCACCGGUGCUGGGGCACAGGAAAGCGCCGGGCCUUCCAAGAACUGGUUGAAGCUAUCGAUCCUGCUUGGCAUUCCGGUAUCAAUCUUUCUUUGGCAGAGACUUCAGACACCAAAUUCCAAAGAACACAAGCAAGGCGAGGAGCGCAAUAGAUCCUCGCGCGACUAUGACCAGCCUCGUUCAAGAGGAGAGCAAGGCGGCACCGGCAGUAUGUCGUUCAAGCAGGAAGGCCUCUCAAACACCAACACCUCCAACCCCCAUGUCAAUGAUCCAGGCUUAUCUCAGAAAGGAGAAGGGGAAACCGAGACUGCGAAGGUGAAAGGAACAGUUCAACAUGACCGCCCCCAAGUUUGA